AAUACAGGAGGGCGAAAAAGAAAACAUCGUUUCGUUGUUUUAAAGCAAAAAUCAGAUUCUCUCUUCUGUUGUGAGAAGAACCGAACGAAACAAUGGCGCUAACUUCCCCACCUCCUUAUCCAAAUCUUCUCCAAUUCUCUGUUAAAUGUCCAUCUCCGUCCUUACAUUUUCUUCUCUUCGGUUCUCCAUGGCCGCCAAACGCUUCUCCGUUUUUCCUUCAAAAUAGCGGUGUUCCUGUACUUCCUGUUUCAGUGAAACCGUCUUCUAAGAGGAUCAAGUGCUUUGCUAGAUCAUCUACGGAAGAGGAUCGUUUGAACGAGUCUGAAACAUUGGUCGCUGAGAAUGUCGGUGAUGAUGUUGAUGAUGAUGGAGGAAGGGAAUAUCCGAAGGUGCAGCAACAUCAGAGUUCUGUGGUUGCUACUCAGAGGAUCACUUCCUCUUCCAGUGAUUCUCUCUUGCUUGGAAUUCGUGAGCCUGUCUAUGAGGUGGUAGAGGUGAAGUCAAAUGGAGUAGUAUCUACGAGGACAAUAAACCGACGUCAAUUAUUGAAAUCAAGUGGCCUUCGUCCAAGGGAUAUCCGGAGUAUUGAUCCUUCAUUGUUUUUGACAAACUCAGCACCAUCUCUUCUGGUACGAGAGCACGCAAUUCUACUUAAUUUGGGAUCAUUGCGAGCAAUAGCAAUGCAUGAAUGUGUUCUUAUAUUCGACUAUAAUCGUAAAGGUGGAAAGGCUUUUAUGGGCACAUUAUUGCCUCGACUGAAUAACAUGAAUGGAGGGCACUGUAUGCCAUUCGAGCUUGAGGUUGUCGAAGCAGCAUUACUUUCACGAAUACAGCGUUUGGAACGAAGACUAAUGGAUUUAGAACCUUGUGUUCAAGCUCUGCUAGAAGUGUUGCCUAACAAAUUAACCGUUGACAUAUUGGAGCAACUUCGUAUCAGCAAGCAGACUUUGGUUGAAUUGGGUUCAAGAGCAGGAGCUCUUAGACAAAUGCUGCUUGAUCUUUUGGAGGAUCCUGAUGAAAUACGUCUUAUAUGUAUAAUGGGAAGAAAUUGUACUCUAAAAAAGGGAAAUGAUGACGUGGAAUGUUCUGUACCCUUAGAAAAGCUAAUUGCUGAAGAAGAGGAGGAAGAAAUUGAGAUGCUUGUGGAAAAUUAUCUUCAAAGAUGUGAAUCUUGCCAUGGUCAGGCAGAAAGGCUUCUUGAUUCUGCAAAAGAAAUGGAAGAUUCUAUUGCUGUCAACUUAAGCUCUCGGAGGCUUGAGGUAAGCAGAGUCGAGCUACUUCUUCAGAUUGGGACAUUUUGUGUGGCAGUUGGUGCUCUAAUUGCAGGUAUAUUUGGCAUGAAUAUAAGGUCCUACUUGGAAGAACACUUGUUUGCCUUUUGGCUAACCACAGCAGGGAUUAUUGUCGGCGCUGUUGUGGCGUUUUUUCUCAUGCAUUCAUAUCUCAGGACUAGGAAAAUACUGUAAUUUUGGAGUUCAGGUAAGUUGCGC